AGGGGCGGCCUGCGCGGAAGCCUCCGCUUUCCCCAGCAGCGUCAGCGAGGCAGCGCCGAGGCGAAAGUGAAAGGACCGGAGGGAGCUCCCGCCUCCGGAGACCCCCAGGCCCCGCCAGGCUCCCCCAGGCCCCGGCCCUCCCCUGCCCCGCCGUGCCCCUGGGGAAGGACGGGGGUCGCGGGUCCGGGGAGGGUCCCGGAGCGGCCAUGUGGACGGUCUGGAUGCUCCUGGCCGUGGCCGCGGCGACGGAGCCCGACCCGGGACGGCCGGUGGACGUGGUGCUGGACUGUCUCUGGCUGGAGGAGGAGGCGGCGGCGGCCGGUGUCCAGUCGGGAGGCUUCGGCAGCCGGGCCGGCGGGGCCCCGGCCACCCUGGUGCUCAAGCGGCUGCCGGUGCCCGACGACGGGGCCCUGGACGGCUUCACCGAUUUUGAGGGGGUCCCCCCGGGACGGGAUCCCCACCCCAUCGUCUUCGAGGCUUCGGCGCCUUCGGUGCGGAUCCCCCAGGCUCAGGCCUUGCUGCACGCCGACUGUGAGGGAGAGAAGGUGGCCUGCGAGAUCUCGCCCUAUUUCCCCCGUGGGGGGCCGGGGGCGGCCGCCUGGUUCAUCGGGACCCUGCACGUAUCCGGGAGCGGCCCCCACGUCUCUCUGGUGAUGAGGAUCCCGAAGGAAGUCCGGGAGGGGGCUGCCCUGCACCCCAAGCUCCGGCUGCCCCUGAGCCCGCAAGGGACGGUCCUGGCGACAGUGGAGUUCCAGGUGAGCACGAGGACGGCAGCCCUGCACUCCCGGCUCGGGGGCUCCUCGGCCCUGCACUGCAGUUUCUCCAUUGCCACCGACUCCGGCCCCCUCAGCGUGGACUGGCGCCUUCAGCACAAGGGCCGUGGUCGGGGCGUGGCCAUCUGGACCGCGGGGGGCGGCCAGGGCCAGGCCGAGCGGGCAGGGGCCCGGCUGGAGCCCGAGGAACAGCACGGGCUGUGGGACGCCACCCUGGCCCUGUCGGGCCUGGCGGUGGAGGACGAGGGGGCUUACAUCUGCCAGGUCUCCGCUGGCCGCCACAAGACCCAGCAGAUCGUCCAGCUCCGCAUUCGGGAACCACCUAAGGUGCGGCUGACGGUCACCCCCGGGCCCUCCCAUACCACCUUGACGUGCCACAUCGCCGGCUACUACCCCCUGGACGUGGAUGUGACGUGGAUCCAGGGGGAGGCCGGGGCCGCCCCUCCCCGCUCCCCCGUGCCAGGCUCCUCUUUGUCCAGCCACCGCCAGAACGCCGCCGGCACCUUCAGCGUCUCCUCCACCCUGCGCGUCCAGCCCGGCCCCGCAGGUGCCACCUACACCUGCCAGGUUGCCCACGUCUCCCUGGAGGAGCCUCUCACCGCAACUACUAGGGUUGCUCUACCAGAAUCCACCUCCUCUGGUCUCCUGGUGGCCACUGGCCUCUUCCUCUUCGGGCUCCUGGUCCUGGGGCUUCGGCGACGGACUGGUAAGGUGCCCGGCUCUCACGUCGGUCCUGCCCCCUCUGGCCUCCCCACUCUCGGGAAGCCCACCGACUGACCUUGCUUCUUCCCUUCUCUCGGCAGGUGUCCCUCUCCCACCCAGCUCAACCUAGACCCCCCUCCCCUCAGAGACUUGGGGUAAAGGGCUCCUACGGCCCCCUCCCCAGCUUCUCCCUGCCAGGUAGGGGGGCUGCCCUCCUCACCCCCAACACAGCUAAGCCUCAGGAACCGAGAGCAGGAAGAGGCAGCGGCAUCCUCUGCUGGCCCCAGUCCUCUCCUCCGUCUCCCAUCCAGGGGGUGGUGCCAGGAGAGAAGCUGGAGGUUGGAGGCAGCAUGCAGAUUCCGAAUUAAUCCCCCUCCCAAUAAAGCAACGCCUACCGAGGCUUUGGGGGCCGGUGCUCUCGGGGCCCAGCUGUGGGAGCCAAAGGACCAGUACCCGAGGUUCCAGCUGUGCUGACCACUGUGACUACCAGAGCUAGCCGGCCCCAAAUCCAGCCUAGUUCCCCCCUUCAGGCUCCCACCUCCUGACAACUUCCAAGCAGAGCAGGAAGGACCCCAGACCAGCCGUGUCUAACGUCCUGUCUUCGCAGCCCCCCCACCCCACCCUGCUUUCCAGCCAGGUGGUCCUGGGUAGCUGACUACCCCCUUCCCAGGGGAACCAGACCUCAGUGGGUGAGCUCGAAUCUGCUGUCCUGAGGAGAGGUGGAGGUGGAGGUGGAGGUGGAGGAGAGGUGGAGUUCACCAAGGGUCGGGGGGCUGCCCGCCUCCCAGCCAGGUGACUCUCCAGGAACUGACCAAGCCCCAUCGUGGGGCCAUGGACCAGUCUCCCGCCCCUGAACAACAGCAUACUAACAGCAUAAAUAAAGCUCGACCCACCUCGAACCUA